GAGAGAGAAAAUAAAGUCCACGCAGGAUGCUUAUGAUUAUGAUACUUUAAACACUAACUCGGCCAGCAGCUGGCCCUUGCCUCGGUUCGCUUUGGAGAGCGCCGCUGUUUGCAUCUCAGGUGUGAUUCAGACGUCUUCCGUCUUCCAGUCUUCAGUUACAGAAGUUCCCUCGCCGCCCAGUUCCCAGGUUCCGGUGAUUCGGUUUAUUAUGGCAACAGUUCCCGGCAACUGCUCAGGUGCCCAGCGCCUUGAGGUGCUGGAGGUGGAAGAGGCGGAGGCGCUGGGAGCAGGGACCGAGGUGUAGGGCGCGGGUUGCUGGGGCGCGGGAACACGGCCCGGAGCGCGGGGGCGCACAGCGGGCCCCGCCGGAGGAGCGCGGCGCGCAGCAUGGGCUGUGGACCUUCCCAGCCGGCUGAGGAGCAGAGAUUUGUCCCUGCGCCGAGGAGGGGCUGGGAAGAGGGAUUCAAGGCCGAUGUGGGUGUGGCUCCUUCUGGGGAGGACUGCAGACCCCAGCGUGAGGCUGCCCUGCACAAGGACACGGUGGGUGAGCCCGAAGGCCUGGAGAAACAGAUCCAGUUGGAAAGCUUACCCGGAACCAUUCCAGAAAGUUCCCCAUCUCCUACUGGAAGGAACAGAAGAAUAAAUUUAGACUUAACAACCAAUGGAUUAAUCCAUAAGCUGCAACCCCUAGAGAAUCGAGAGCGACAAAAGUCAUCAGACAUCCUGGAGGAAUUAAUUGUUCAAGGAAUAAUACAAAGCCACAGCAGAGUAUCUAGAAAUGGAGAAUCAUACGAUGUCAUGGUGAACACGGUUGAGAAGCCACUGAGAAAGCCACCUGCCAGGCUGAAAAAACUCAAGGUCAGAAAGGAAGUAACAGAUUUCACAAUGAAGGACAUCGAGGAGAAGAUGCAGGCGGUGGCUGAGCGCAGGAAGACAAAAGAAGAAGAAAUGAGAAAGAGACUACGGAGUGACCGACUUUUGCCCCCUGCCAAUCAUUCCGAUUCAGCUGACCCGGAUGGGGCUGAAGUUCCAUUUGCCAAAGGACUUAACCCUGUGAGUUCUGCCGUGUUUGAGCCAUGGGACCUGCAGGGAGGAAAGCUGUUGAAAAGGAAGAAGAGCAAAAGUGAUGUGACCUCAAAUGAUAGAGACUACAGUUAUGAAGGCAUUGAUGGUGUGGAGUCAGACAUGUCCUACAACCAAGAAGAGGAUGUAUUCUAAUCAGCCAUUGAUGCAUUGAUGUGAAUUCUGUGAAAAAGCAUCCAUUUCCCCCUGUCAUGCCAUGCUUUGUAUAGCUUACCUUUUUCUUUGAUUGCCUGGCUUCACCGGCUAGUUAGCUGAGUAAGUUAAGAGGCUAAUGGUUAUGCUGGCUUCACAGAAAGGAAGAUGCGACUACUUUCAAUAUUAAAAGUUGGCUUCAGACUUU